UAGAUAGACAAAACUAAAAUAAAGUCAUAGUGUAUAUCAUUUAGAAAACCUUGCAAAACUAAAAUAAUUUGAAAGUUUUCUUUUGUCUACAGUUAUGUCUUGUCCAACAGUUCUCCCUAAAGCUAAGCACACUGCAACAGUAAUUUUUCUUCAUGGUUUAGGUGACACUGGACAUGGUUGGCUGGCGGCUCUAGAAGAAAUUGCUCUCCCCUACAUUAAGUACAUUUGCCCUAAUGCGCCAGUUUCAAAAGUUACUCUUAAUAUGGGAAUGUCUAUGCCUUCAUGGUUUGAUAUUUAUUCAUUAGACAAAGAUAGCAAAGCAGAUGAAGAAGGAAUUCAAAAUUCUUCUAAGGAAUUAAAGAAACUUAUUAUUAAGGAAGAAGAAAAUGGAAUCCCUUCAGACCGUAUUUUAGUUGGAGGGUUCAGUCAAGGUGGUGUUGUUGCUCUCUACACACUUUUGACAUAUGAAAAAAAGUUAGCAGGGUGUAUGGGUUUAAGCACAUACAUGCCUCUUCAUAAAAAGUUUCCAUCGAUGUGUAAUGAGAUUAAUAAAGCAACUGAAAUAUUUUUGGCUCAUGGAGAUGCUGAUCCAGUUGUAAAAUAUAACUAUGGAGUAAUGACAUCUUCUUUGUUAAAAGGGUAUUAUAAAAAUACCACACUCAAUUCAUACAGCGGAAUGGCACAUAGUUCUUGCAUGAAAGAAAUGCAAGAUGUUCGAUCUUUCAUAUCAAAAGUUCUACCACCAAUAUAAUCACAGCUGCUAAGUUGUAUUUUUGGUUAAUAUUGUCGUUUAAAUAAUUAAAAAUAGAUUCAUGUCACGAACCGGAUAUAUUGAUUAAUUGUUCAUUUUAUUUGGAAUUGCAAAAACGUAUUAUGUCACGGCGUAUGCGUCAAAGAGUUUUUAAAUAGUGUAAUUGAACGAGUUUUUACACUUGGUUGCCUUAAAGUAGCAAGUUUAAGUUAAGUCACUGUUUUCACAAUAAUGAUGGGCCACGGAAUAGCACAAUAUUUGUUGAAGUACCUUGUAUAAACAUUUGUGAUUUUUAUCUAUUUUAGUGUUUUUUAAGAAAAAUUUAUGUUUGUUUUUUUAA